AUCAAUUACAUCUUGGGGCGGGGGGUAUCGACUUUCCCCAACUAGGUCAAUCGUUUUACGUAAAAUGGAUUAUAUCAUCACGGUUGAACAACCUUGAAUUAAUUCUUCUUCCAAAAAUAUAGUCUUCAUAUAUAUCCCCGCAAAAAAAGUCUACAACGUAGAGUCUGUCAUGGAGGUGGCUAAUAUUAACCGUUCGCGGAUUAAAUUAUCUCUCACGAACGAGCAGAAAUCAAAUAUUUCAACUUCAAUUUUAAUCUAAUCAGCUAUAAAUACUAUCAGGCAGCGUCAAUAAUUAUCUAAUUAGCGAUCUUUCUUUUAUACUCCUGCAGUCUUUAAAUAUCAAAGACGGAUAAAACGAAAAGAUGUUCUGAUUAUCUGACAUGGACAUUCAAAGUAAUUUGCGUAUUCAAAUUAGUAAUUAAAUUACAAUAUAAACAUAAUUCUAAUUAUAAAUUGUAAUUAUGCUAAAAGUAUUUUACGCAAAUUGUAUCGUAGAUUCACAUGCAAAUCCGGGUUGCAAAAAACGCUCGUAUACGUUAACGGUACACGGUGCGUUUCCGUAAGACAAAUACAUGGCGUGUACUCUCUAAUCGUUACUAAUUAACUCUCUCUAGUCCGUCGAUGAUGAACAGUCUCGGUCUCAUCAUCGGCGCAGCGUGACGCAGCGUCCUAUACGGGCUACAAAUUAAGAGCAGCUUCGUUAGUUGUGUUUCUACGCGCGUGGCACCAUCAAUUCGCGACGGAAUGUAUCACUUUCGGACUGUGGAGCUAAUAGAGAAUAUAAUGAAGCAACGUUAAAUGAUGUCGCGGCCUUCUAAAGUACUCUGUUGAUACGCGAGCUCCGCCAGAAGAUUAAUUUCAACGAUCAAUUUUGACUGAGAGCUGUCGCUAUUUUUGAAGCGAGACACACAGUAACGUAUAUCCCGUGCCAUUUAUUCCAUUUGAAAUACGAUAAAAUCGUCAACGCUGUCUCGUAACGCACAGGUUGCUGCGGAAUAUCCGUUAAUGAUACACGAGGCGGCUCGCUGUCGUCUAAUGACUCUACGAUUAGUCACUCCAGCGACCUUCGCUUCGCGCUGUACUCGUCGAUCUUUUGUGUCAUGCAUAAAUUUACCGCCGUAAUAAGAAAAAAAAAAAGAAACAACAACGCAGUCGGUCCCGAGCGCAGGAUCGUACCGCUCCGUCGCGAGACGGCGUUACUCGCUACGAGCGGUCGCUCGGAAACGUGCAGGGAGAAUCGACGAGGAGACGCUGCAUUAUUCCGCUCGUUUUUCGCAGUGAAAAUGGCAGAGGAAGGCGCGGGUGGCUCGGGAAACGGGAGCAGCGGCGAAACGAGCCGUUUGCAGCUUCUGCAGGAGAUGCGACAGCAGAACUUCGACACCAUACGAUUCGCGUCGUACCGCACCGCCUGUAAGCUGAGAUUCAUACAGAAGAAAGUGCACCUGCACAACGUCGAUAUAUGGAACGUGAUCGAGGCAUUUCGAGAGAACGGUCUGAACACGUUGGAGCCGACGAGCACCUUGGGAGUGUCCAGACUCGAAACGCUACUGUCUUCCCUGUUUCACGCGCUGAACAAGAGAGUGCCGGUUUCGCAACAAUCCAAAGUUGACGCUACCACGGCGUUACUGAUGAACUGGCUUCUCGCUGCCUACACGAGCGGGGAGAACAAUAAGAUAUCCGUGUUCUCGGUGAAGGUGGCCCUGGCAACGUUAUGCGCGGGAAAGCUCAUGGACAAAUUUCGAUACAUAUACUCGCAAAUAUCCGACAGCAACGGACACAUGAUACACUGGAGGUUCGCCGAUUAUCUGAAGGAGGUUCUAGCUUUAACCGCGGCGGUUUACGAGUCCCCGUCGUUCGGAUAUUCCGACGGUCUUGCUAACACCAUUUUUCCCGCGAAUUCCAAAGUCACUGUAAACGACUUCCUGGAUACGCUCAUGUCGGAUCCUGGACCGCACUGCUUAAUCUGGUUGCCGUUGUAUCACAGAAUGGCGGCCGUGGAAACAGUUGCUCAUCCAAUUAUGUGCGACGCGUGUCACAAGGAGAAUUUCACCGGGUUCCGAUACAGAUGUCAGAAGUGCCAUUCGUAUCAGCUGUGUCAAGACUGUUUCUGGCGUGGUAAAGUUUCGGGAACGCACAAUAACGAUCACGAAACGAGAGAGUACAGCAGCUUCAAAUCGCCAAGCAAGCAGAUUGGCCACUCCUUGCGAAAGAGCUUCAGAUGCGUUCCAGAAAAGGGAAAGAACAGUCUACCGCGAUUCCCGGAACAACCCGAGAAGACGCUAGAUUUAUCGCACAUAGUCCCGCCGUCACCUUUACCAUCUCACAACGGUUUUCCAGAUCCAGGGUUUAUGGCCCCGUUUGAUUCAGGAUCGGUGGACAGUCGUUCGACCCUGAGAAGUAUGGACAGUUCAAGACUGGACGAUGAACAUAAAUUAAUAGCACGAUAUGCACAAAGGUUGGCACAAGAAGCGAGGACCGUGCCUCGUACCGCGUCCAGAAUGUCCCAGGCAGAUCAAGCGGGCCGAGCACCGUCGGACGUGAACCUGGCGUCGUUAGACGCGUCGCGGGCGCAGCGUGAGCUUAUAUCGCAGCUCGAGGCGAAGAACAAGGAGAUAAUGCGCGAGAUAGCAAGGUUAAGAAGGCAACAGGAGAUAGAAGCUGCGGGUCUAGAAAAUCCGGCGCUAAUGUCGGAAUUGCGAGCUUUGAGGCAGAGGAAGGACGAGCUGGAGACUCAUCUGGCGACAUUGCAAGAUUCCAGGAGGCAACUAAUGGUGCAGCUGGAGGGUCUAAUGAAAAUGCUAAAGAAUCAUCAGGCAUCGCCACGAUCGACGCCGAACAGUUCACCGCGAAGUACGAAGUCACCGCCUUUGCCACCCGGUGCGAUACCGAGCAGCAGAUCGGCACCGCCGACUCCCGGCGGACCCUUGUCUACGACGCCUCAACAGCAGCAGCAGCAACAGCAAAUGCAGCAGCAGCAAAUGCCGCAACAAAUGUCUCAGAGCUAUCAAAAUCCCGUACCGACAACGACGGUGGCUAACGUGCAAGGCAACGCUAUGCUCGGCACGAUACAGAAUCCCAUUCCAGAUAGCUUGUCGUGCGUUGGCGGCGAUGUAAGGUCUGCGUUCAGGACAAACAGCUUACCAGGGAGCGGUUCCAGCAGUGCCAAUAAUAGUUUGGGCCGAUCCUUAAGAAACGACUUACUGGUAGCUGCCGACAGCGUAACUAAUGCCAUGUCAACGCUCGUGAGGGAAUUAAAUUCAGACUCAGACCAGGAGGACCAUUCUCACAACUCGGGGCUAAUGAACAUCAGAAAACCGCUAGACUUUGAAGCCGGCGAGGAUGGCGAUGAUAGCAGCGGCGGUGGGAAUUCCUGGCGGGAGGAGCUGGAGCGGCGUUAUCAGCAGGAGAAUGACUUCUUGGCGGAAUUGCGAUCUCGUAACAGCAUACCGCAAACACCGUCGGCCACGCUGUCGGUCAGCGAACAGGAGCAGGAGAGAGGCGAGAGAGAAGAGGCGGACGGUGAGAAGGAAGAUGAGGACGAAGCCAACUGGGCGGAAGCGGUGAAGAGAUGGGUAAAUCGAUAAACCGAUUUAUGGAGGAGUACCAGGCGUUAGGUGUUGAAGAUACAAGUUUGAGGAAUCCAGAAGAAGAUGCGACAGCGUCCGAAUCACAUUCACGCUGUGGAUAGAUACUUCGAUAAUAGUAUACAAUGUAAUCCUAGGGAGAAUUGAAUGUCGUGCGAUUUCGAAAAAUCUAUGCGUUUUGUAAGGCGGUACUGGCAGUCGAAAGACGACGUGAAAAUCGACGAAUGAAUUGUACGAAAGUCAUGAAGAUUUUCAAGUGUGUAUGAAACCAAGUACCGUAAUACAAUUUUAGAAUGGCAUUUGUAUCGCGAGCAUACAAUGAUUUUGCUACUCCGUUUAUUUGCAAUUUGUAAUGUAAUAAGACUUAAAGUUUGUUAAAUAUACAUUCAUAUACAUAUAUAUAAAUAAAUA